CGUCAACCAGGUCAAGUGAAGGAAGUUCAUGGGCCAUCGCACCCAGGCUCGGUCAUCCUCAUAGAGAGGCUUGCUACCACUGGCGGAGCCAUUGGGGAGAAGCGAGGUGCGCUCGUUAGCGUCUUGCGAGGGCAUGUCGCCGGUGGUACCCGAACGAUGAAUACUGAGGCCGCUAUUGGUGCGGCCGUGUUUGGAGAAGGCGCGACGAAUUGCGGCUGUUGAGAAGUCGAAUGAAGAUGGUUAGCGAUGUGAGGAACACUUCACACAUGGACGGUGGUGUUAUUGUGCAACGCAACGGCGGGGAGACAUGGAGAUGGAUCCGGGCAAAAGAAAUCGCUGGCUUGAGUGCAAGUAUCGCACAAGCGGAUUGCGAUCGGAGGAGUAUAUGUAAAGCAGGGGAGGUGACCGCAUCUUUCUUUGUCCAGCAGCGUAGCCGAACCCAAGCUUGGGUGCUAACGUCGCAUGGGCAAAGCGAGCGCGUCCCCAGUGAGGGAAGGGCCAGACAACAUUCUGCUGAACUUCUGACCUUGCGGACGGUUGCCAAGACGCGCCGUGAGAUCAGUAGUGUGGCGUCACUCUCAGAGAGCGGAGGAGCUCUGGGAGUUAUACGGUGCAGGGGGAAAAACGAGCGAUGCUCAGCUCUCAAUCGCACAGAAGUCCCUCAGGCGGAAUCCCGCUGGGUCGUGCCAUGCAAAUUGAGGCUGUGCAUGUCUUGGAAGACUCUUCGGAAUGGGGGAAGUCUCCGUGACGACAAGACCACCGGGAACGUCUCUUUGCCUAUCAUCGGCGCUGCUGGCGAUGGCAACGGUGCUGAUGGAGAACAGGAUGUGGCGGGCAGAGACAGACGGGCAGCCUUGCAUCCGAGCAAGAGCAAAAAAGCAAAGCGGAAGUUGUGACUUACCCAUGAUGACGUUGAAUCACGAGCGUGACGGAGCGCACAAAGGAGGAGGAGGAGAAAGCUCCCGUGUAUCUCAGGCGUUGGAGAUCAAGGGAACAACGGUCGAUGUGGACGUCUUUUUACUGAUGAGAGGUGAUGACAAGAGUGGUGGUGACAGGAAAGAUAGGUAUACAGCCAGCCGUGAUGAUAAUUUAUGAAUCAAGCCCAAGAAGAUUACGGAGAAAGUUGCGCGGAGGAGGAAUGUGCUGUACUGCCCAGAUGAAUGAAUGUGCUAUGGACUGGCUGUUCUGCUUCCAAAAAAAACAACACGUUCCAGUCCCGCCUAUGCUGGCUGGAGCAAACAACGGAGGACAAGCGGACGGGUGAUUGUCA